CUUUUGACAUUACCUGUUCCAUUUACUAAUGUUUUAAUAUUCCUCCUAUGCUUUCACUUUUCAGCUUAUCGGAAGCUUGCUAGGAGUUAUCACCCAGAUGUGAACAAAGAACCUGGGGCAGAGCAAAAAUUCAAGGAUAUUAGCAAUGCAUAUGAGGUUCUGUCUGAUGAUGAGAAACGAUCCUUAUAUGACAGAUAUGGAGAGGCUGGACUUAAAGCUGGUCCGGGCUUUAAUGAUUUCAGCAAUCCCUUUGAUCUGUUUGAGUCGUUAUUUGAAGGCAUAAAUCAGGGGGGAAGACCUUCUAGGAAUAGAGCAGUUGAUGGUCAGGAUGAGUAUUACAAUCUUGUCUUAAACUUUAAGGAAGCAGUUUUUGGGGUUGAGAAAGAGAUUGAGAUAAGCCGACUAGAGAGCUGUGGGACUUGCAAUGGUUCAGGUGCUAAACCAGGGACCAAUCCAUCCAAAUGUAGCACUUGUGGUGGGCAAGGACAGGUUGUCUCAUCAGCGAGGACCCCGUUAGGUGUCUUCCAGCAGGUAAUGACCUGCUCUUCUUGUGGUGGGACUGGGGAAAUAUCCACCCCUUGCAACACGUGUUCUGGGGAUGGUCGGGUAAGAAGGACAAAACGGAUAAGUCUGAAAGUUCCUGCUGGUGUGGACUCUGGUAGCCGUUUAAGGGUCCGAAAUGAAGGAAAUGCUGGAAGACGAGGUGGCGCUCCUGGUGACCUCUUCGUAAUUAUUGAAGUUAUGCCAGACCCUGUCCUUAAACGUGAUGACACCAACAUUUUGUAUACCUGCAAGGUUUCCUACAUUGACGCGAUCUUGGGAACUACAAUCAAGGUUCCGACAGUGGAUGGUGUGGUUGAUUUGAAGAUUCCGGCUGGUACCCAACCAAACACGACUCUUGUAAUGGCCAAGAAAGGUGUUCCUCUAUUGAAUAAGAGCAACAUGAGGGGCGAUCAGUUGGUUCGCGUGCAGAUUGAAAUCCCAAAGAGAUUGAGCUCUGAUGAGAGAAAGCUCAUUGAAGAACUCGCUGAUCUAAGCAAGGGCAAGACUGCAAGCAGUAGGAGAUAGUUGUCUGCGGCAUCAUUUUGCAUUUAUCUGUUUAUUGCUGAUCUCAUCAGUUAUAUUCUCCUUUGUGGGUCCAACUUUGUUGAACCUUGAUGCAUAUUAAGGGGAAUUCAGCAGUUCUCAGGACUUUGGAAAGGGCGAGAGCACGUGUUUGUAGUUGUAGGUAAAUUAUAUUUUGUGAUAAUUUUUCCCCCACAUAAGUUAUCUUAAAUGACAGGAGGUAGAAAAAGAGGUGAAAAUUGAGGAUCCAUUACUCUUUCAUCAUCUGUAUUUAAACAUAGAACUUAUUCUUUGGGAUUGAACAUAAAUUUCAGCUACAUUUUGUAGUCUUUUGUGUUUUUAUUUCAAUUUUUUGAGGACAUUUGAUGAAUCAAAAAGCAUCUUCAUAAUUGUAUCACAAUUUUGUAAUUUUCAAAAUGUUUUUAAUUA